AUGAGAAUUGCAAAUGUGCAAAGAAGUGGAAAGACCUACGUAGAAUUAGUAAUAGCCCGUCUAUGCAGAGGCAAAGGAGCCGCCGCGGAAUAUCCCCUCACUGCUUUGCUUCGUGAAAUAAACUGUGGCGAGUAUUUUACAAACACAUUUAAGACGUACUUGCAAAAUAUUCCACCUGUCAAACGUGUAACAAAAAAAAAAGAGAAGUAUGAUCAAACUUUUUUUUUAAAAAUUUUGCAACUAGUUAAGAUUUUUAAUCAAAUCAAAUUUUUUAAGACUUUAAAAAGGGGAACUACUUCACAUUUGGAACACAUUUUGGCCUUCCCCCUUGAGAAGGGAAAAGGGAACAUUCGCAAAGAGGAGGAGCAAAAAUUUUUUCCAAAUGUAGACCAUCAUAAAUUGUUCUACGAAUAUAUGACCAGCAACUAUGAUGAGGACACUGAUAAAGAAAAAUUUGAUGACCAAAAUGAUAUCAACUUCGUGAACAGCUUAAACAUAUUUGGCGACAAAUUAGAGGAAAUAACGGGUGUAGACGAUGCAGAGAGUUUUUAUUUUCACAAAAAGGGGUCCAUCAGAAAAGGAUCAGAAUAUCCAGAGGGGAAAGAAAAUGUGGACUACUCCCCACACUGCAUAAAUGAAGACCUGCGCAAUUUGCCCACAUCGAGCAUUUCCCCCUUCAAUUAUCCCCAUGUGGGUAUAAAUGCUCCGCACGGUGAGAUAAUAGCGACAAACAAAUUUAAUUUCCCCGGUGACGAAGAAGUGCAUGACGAGCUGAACAACCAUAGGAGCUUCGACUACGUGAGCUUUGCUAAGACGUUUAUCCAUUUAUUAAAAAAUUUAAUAAAACACCUACAUGACGAUGGGUUGGUCAGGUUAUAUAUUCACUGCUCCAACAUGUUCGAUACCGAAUGGGAUGAUAACGAAGUGUUGUCAUUCUACACAGAAAUGUACAAACGGAUUCAUAAGAUGAAAAAUAUUUCAAACAAAAACAUAGCGUACAUUUUAAGCGCAUGCAAUAACUAUUGUUUAAAGGAGGAAAAUACGCUCCUCUUAAAAAAACUAAAAAGAGACAUUCUGUCGAAUAGUACGUAUGGAAAGGCCGGCACAAAAAGUUACUUAAAUAUAUAUAACAUCACUCCAUCCCAUUUGGAGAAUAUUAUUUACACAUUUUCAAAACAUAGGUUUAGAGAAAAAAAUUUGUUCGCACUUUUCAGCGAAAUUGUAAAGGAAAAGUUCCACGGGUUCUCUUGCAUAACUACGAUAAAUAUUUUAAACAGCUACACCAUCUUGAAUUACGAAUCAUUAGUGUUUGAUUUUCUUUAUGCAAAAAUAAAGAGCUUUGAUUUCUUAUCAUUUACGGUGUGUAGGGGGAAAAAUGUGAUAAAGCUGAUGAAUACACUGUUGCUGAUUGAGCGUCGCAACUGCAGAUCGGUUGGUGGCGCAGAGAAAGUGACGUUUGCCACAAGAAAAGACGGCACUGUCAAGCGCAGUGCUUCAUUAACCGAUGAGGGAGUUUACACAACGCUCAUGUCGGCGCUGCUAUACGAGCUGAAAACGUUUAAGGGGAGGGGCACCCACGAUAGCAAUGUAAGUGGGGGAAGCAGCGGAGGUGAUCGGAGCGACCAGAGAGACCGAAGCAGUAAUGAUGCCCAUCGCACGCGAGCCCCCACAGGAGAGCACGUCAUUCGCAGCAUUUACAAAAAACUGCUGAGGCUGCAAAUAAUUGGCGUGCAAAACAAAUCGGAUCUGAUGUUUCUAAAAAGAAUACUCAAGAGGACGUACGGCAAGCUGGACGUGGACCAGUUGGACGAUUUUUUUGUCUUUUCAUUCAUUAACUUGAAUUUGAACAAAAUUAAUUUUCAUAAGUUAGUUUUUACAUUACUAACGUAUAAUAAUUUAAUCGAGGGGGAGAGACUCUUAAACAAUUAUACACAAACAAAAACAAAGUUUAUCUAA